CCGACAAGGCCUCUUCUCCAUGGUCCCGCCGGUCAGCGCUGUUUCGGGGGCCUCCCGGUGAGACCGGGCCGCGCUCGGUCGCGUCGAUCCUCGAGUUCGUCGGCCGGCAUGGCAGGCCAGUUCCGCAGCUACGUUUGGGACCCGCUGCUGAUCCUGUCGCAGAUCGUCCUCAUGCAGUCGGUCUACUACGGCUCCUUGGGCCUGUGGCUGGCGCUGGUGGACGCGCUGGUGCACAGCAGCCCGUCGCUGGACCAGAUGUUCGACGCCGAGAUCCUGGGCUUCUCCACCCCACCAGGCCGGCUCUCCAUGAUGUCCUUCAUCCUCAACGCGCUCACCUGUGCCCUGGGCUUGCUGUACUUCAUUCGGCGAGGGAAGCAGUGCCUGGACUUCACUGUCACUGUCCAUUUCUUUCACCUCCUGGGCUGCUGGUUCUACAGCUCCCGUUUCCCCUCGGCGUUGACCUGGUGGCUGGUCCAAGCUGUGUGCAUUGCCCUCAUGGCCGUCAUCGGGGAGUACCUGUGCAUGCGGACGGAGCUCAAGGAGAUCCCCCUCAACUCUGCCCCGAAGUCCAGUGUCUAG